AUGGCACCCCUUACGCCCCAUUGGACCCAGCCGUCCCACCCGGACGUCCAGGAGGUCGUCAAGGCAAGCGAAACCGAGUUCCUCACCAAGAGCUUCUCCAAGGUCUCCCUGCCGCCCUUUGCCGUCUUUGCAAAGAUGUCGUUCCCGCCCUGCGACUUGGCCGACGAGCCCACAUAUGCCACCGUCCAGUGCGGCAAGGACAAGCACCUGAACCUCAACAGCGACCUGCUGUACAUCAACCACUCUUGCGAACCGUCUCUUAUUUUUGACACGGGCAACUUCAAUGUCCUGGCUGGCCCGAAAGGACUCCAGCCGGGCGACGAGCUGACUUUCUUCUACCCCUCGACCGAGUGGCACAUGGCCCAGCCCUUUGACUGCUUCUGCGGCACCCCGUCGUGCCGCGGCACCAUCGGCGGCGCGCGCGACAUGUCCCGCGCCCAGCUCGAGGGCCUCUGGCUCAACGGCCACAUCCGCGAGCUCCUCGAGGAGCGCGACUCCGGGGUCCGGUCUGGAAACGACAGCGACCCCACGGCCCAGGCGCUGAGAGACGCCCUCAAGGCUGCCGAGCGCGUUGUCGAGGCCGCCCGCUCCGCCCUCCGUUCCUACACCGAGGCCACCGGCAGCGGCGACGGCCCGCAGCAGCGCCAGACGUCCAAGAACAGCGUCAACGGCACCAAGACCAAGGGCCUCCCCUCGUCCGCUUCCCGCGAGCAGCUGGGUGCCGUGGGCGCCGGCCGCAACGGCGCGAGUGCCAGGGAGUUGGGCGGCGAGAUGGGCGGCGACACGCGCGCUGCGUAA